GGACAGUAAGUCGUACUAAGCAAAAACCUUGGAAACUUUCUUCUGAUCCUUCAUCAUUCUUCCUCCUCUUACUCCUUUCGACUUCUUACUACUGCCAUCACCUCCUUGGGAGAAAAUUUAACUCGCACUUCAUUCUACUUCCUACUAGAAUAAAUCGUAUCAAUAGCAAAUGCAUAUCGAAAGAAAUUACAUCGAAAUCUUUACAUUCCACUGCCAGAGCCUGAUGCGACCAUCCAAGAAUCACCAAAAGUUACAUCGAAAUUAUCGUUCCCAAAUUCGAGCUGACGCUGAACGUCGCCGUGGUGCACCAUGAAUCAAUCGCAGGCACAACAGAAACCAGCCGUAACGACAAUUCGAGGCUUUCAAACUCCUGCAGUUUCGGGCGAUGAAGAUUCUGAUUAUGGCUGCAGCACUCCUGCGCGAUACAAGUCCAAGAUCGGUGAUGUUGUCAGCGCAAAUUGCAGCCCUUCAUUGAAGCCGUUCAAAUCCCCAGGAAUUGGCGGCAUUAGCAGAUUAAAGCUACAACUCGAUACUCUUAACCUGGAGAAUGAAUCCAGAACAAAUUCUAUAGUGCGCAGCCAACCUCAAUCGCAACCACAGAGCAGUACGGCAACGACGUCCGAUGACUUGAGCGACGACGAAAGAUCCGAUAGCACGACAUAUGAGAUUCCUUUGGAACAUGAUUUUGUUAGUGAAAGUGUGCGGGCACAACCGAUGUUCGGUGCAAUUGAAGGAGGAUUGAUCCAGGAUACUAUUGCGAGAAAGAUGGCUGCAGACGACUUUGAACCCUUACGAUGUUUAGGCAAGGGAACAUUCGGGACUGUCAUUUUGGUCAAGCAACGUACAACCGGGACAUUAUUCGCUCAAAAACAAUUCAAGAAAGCAUCCUUGACCGUCCAUAAGAGAUUGGUGGAGCAGACAAAGACGGAGAGAAGCAUUCUCGAAAGUGUAAAUCGACAUCCCUUCGUCGUAAAAUUAUUCUAUGCCUUCCAGGACCACGAAAAAUUAUACUUGAUCUUGGAAUACGCACAAGGCGGAGAAUUAUUCACCCACCUUGCACAGGAACGUAUGUUUUCCGAAGAAGUCGCAUCAUUUUACAUGGCGGAGAUGGUAUUGGCUCUGGAGCAUCUUCAUCGCAAUCUUGGAGUUGUCUAUCGCGAUCUCAAACCGGAAAACUGUCUAUUGGAUGCCGAAGGUCACUUACUCCUCACCGAUUUCGGACUAAGCAAAGUAGCUGUGGACGAAAAUGAUAAAUGCGACUCUUUGUUAGGUACUGUUGAAUACAUGGCACCUGAGAUCAUCCUUGGACAAAAGUAUGGAAUGGCCGUGGAUUGGUGGUCUUUUGGUGCUCUUGGGUUCGACUUAUUGACUGGCAGCCCGCCAUUUCAAGGUCAAAACAACAAAGUAAUUCAGGAUCGAAUCACGAAGCAAAAGCUUGCCAUGCCUUACUUUUUAGGACCCGAUGCGAAAGAUUUGUUGACUCGCCUUCUCCGUAAGGAACCAAACAAAAGACUCGGAGCUCAUAUGCCCAAGGACAUGGCCGUUAUCAAGAAACAUCGAUUCUUUCGUCGCAUAGAUUGGCAGAAGCUUGCAAAGAGAGAAGUCGGUGCACCAAUCCAACCAUUCAUAACAGAUCCAGAACUCGCGGAGAACUUUGCAGAAGAUUUCACGGAGCUCUCUUUGAGUCCUGUAGUUACUAGUCAAAAUGGUGUACCAUGGAGCGCCACUUCUGCCAAUGAGAAUAACCCCUUUGGUGGAUUCAGCUAUGUUGCAAGUCAGAGUUUAUUGGAUUCAAAUGGAUUUUUGGAGAUGCAUCAAAACAAAGUGAUUGUUUAAAUCUGAUUUCUUCGGAAGGAGGGGGGUCGUUUUUUAGACUGCAGUGACGAAUCUUUAACAAGUAUGGUGUUUCUACACGAGGAGUUGCCUUGGGACCAUUCAGAGAUACAGCGCAUACAUUGGUUAUUCUGUAAUCUGGAGCUAUAGACUAGAUGCUGGUCUCUUUGGUAGAUCAUAUAUAUGUCUUUCUGGCGUCUCCUUUUUCAAAGAUAGAUGAUUAGGAAACGAGGAAAAGUUUGUGGCGAUUACAGGCGGCGAUUAUGGAUUUAAUGGUGGGUGGUAAUGAUUGGGAAUUUCACAGAACGGGCCAGUUCAUAGAUUGUUAUUAGGGUAGGCAAUGGUUACUUGGAAAUGAUUAAGCAAAGUUUACGACCAUUGUCUAACCGUCAUAUUUUGAACGAUUAUCUUAUUGUCAUGAUUAAAAUGUCGUUGACGCUCAUUCAUGUAAAUGUCAAUUGCCAUGCCGUCUAAAAGCAGCCACCAGCACUCACACCCGUAUAUCUCUAGUAAUCCUCUUUCUCUUCUUGUCCGAACCACAGUAAUCGACAUCGAAUCUCAAAAUUAUUAAAAUGUAAAUACUGAUUAGUCUUUAUAGCACCUAGAAAUAUAAUAAGUAUAGCUUAUAUAAUGUUUAAAACGGCA